AAAUAUCUAGAGGCGAAGGAAACUCUACUUGGAACCAAUCGUUCUCUUGCAACCAAACGAGGGGACUGAUUCUGGAAUUGAAAAAGAUAGAGAGAAGAGAUGGGCAGCACAAGCACGAGCUCUGCUGCUCUAAUCCACCACUUCCGCCUCACAAGUCUUGACACGUUUUCGCCUAGAAAGCGUCCAUACUCUGUGAACUUCUGCAAUUCACGGAGAGAAGAUGGACUCCGAUACGGUUUGACGCAUCGGUGUAGCAAAGGCUUAAGACCGGUGGUCCGCUUAUCAGCUCUCGAUGAAAAUUCCAACAAUUCACCGACAGAGAGCACUCCCGGCGUUGGCUCUGCUCUAGAAGACAGACCAGCUGUGGAAGAUGCAUCCUUUGAGCAAGAAGAUAAAUCAAGUUCCAUCUACGAGUUUCUGUAUCCAGACAAAGAGGAGCUUCCUGAUGACAAAGAGAUGACUAUAUUCGAUCAUCUUGAGGAGCUCCGGGAGAGAAUUUUCGUCUCUGUUUUGGCUGUGGGAGCUGCAAUCACAGGAUGCUUCACCUUCUCCAAAGAUCUAAUCGUGUUUCUUGAAGCUCCUGUCAAAAAUCAGGGUGUUCGGUUUCUUCAGCUAGCUCCUGGCGAGUUUUUCUUCACAACGUUAAAGGUCUCUGGUUAUUGUGGGCUUUUACUAGGGAGUCCAGUGAUUCUGUAUGAGAUUAUAGCUUUUGUACUUCCUGGUCUGACACGAGCUGAGAGAAGGUUUCUUGGGCCGAUUGUGUUUGGUUCCUCAUUGCUGUUCUAUGCUGGACUUGCCUUUUCCUACUGGGUGUUAACCCCUGCAGCGUUGAACUUCUUUGUGAAUUAUGCAGAAGGGGUGGUUGAAUCUCUGUGGUCUAUUGACCAGUACUUUGAGUUUGUGCUAGUGCUUAUGUUCAGCACCGGCCUUUCUUUCCAGGUUCCAGUGAUUCAGUUACUCCUGGGACAAGUAGGGGUGGUGUCGGGAGAUCAAAUGCUAUCCAUAUGGAAAUAUGUGGUGGUUGGUGCGGUUGUUGUAGCAGCUGUGGUCACACCUUCGACUGAUCCAGUUACUCAAAUGCUCCUAGCGACGCCGCUUCUGGGGCUUUACUUGGGUGGUGCAUGGAUGGUCAAGCUCACAGGUCGGUGAGAAUCUUAUUCGAAGACAAAUAAAAUCAUGUAUGUUGUAGAGGUAUAUCACUUUCCAUCAAGAAACCACAGCUUGGUACCUAAAGUGUUUAUGUGAAUCUUCAUCUUCUUUUGAAUGCACAUAUAAUAGGACUAGGAGAUGGGUAUUUAUUAUGUAAAUCAUAUUCUGCAACAUCCACGAAUACACACAAGCGACUCUGUAAUUAACAUUAUCAACGAUAAGC